CAGUUUUCGAUGUCUUCUCUCCUUGCACCUGUACCGCCGCCGCCAACAGCUCUCGGUCGAUACAGACUCUUGUCCCCGAAUGCCUCGGUGCACGUUUCUCCGCUUCAGCUCGGUGCCAUGAGCAUUGGGAACAAGUGGCAAGAAUUUGGCAUGGGCUCUAUGGACAAGGAAGCGAGUUUCAAGCUUUUGGAUGCUUACUACGACAAGGGGGGCAACUUCAUCGACACAGCGAAUGGCUACCAGGAUGGAACAUCAGAACAGUUCAUCGGCGAAUGGGCUGAAAGUCGUGGAAUCAGAGACGAACUCUUCAUUGCGACCAAGUACAGCACCAACUUCAAACGCGCCGACACUUCCGUGCAGCAAAAGAUCCUUCACGCCGGAAACAGCACAAAGUCACUGCACCUUUCCGUUGAAGCGUCGCUUAAGAAGCUGCGUACGACCUAUAUUGACCUCUUAUACCUCCACUGGUGGGAUUGGGACACAAGCGUCGAGGAAGUCAUGCGUUCUUUGCACGUCUUUGUUCAACAAGGCAAAGUCCUCUACCUCGGCGUAUCCGACACGCCAGCGUGGGUCGUCUCAAAGGCUAACCAAUACGCGCGGGAUCACGCUUUGACUCCAUUCGUCAUCUACCAAGGCGCAUGGAGCGUCCUGGACCGCUCCUUUGAGCGCGAGAUCAUCCCCAUGGCUAGAUCUGAAGGUCUGGCACUAGCCCCUUGGAACGUCCUCGCGGCCGGUAAAAUCCGCACCGACGAGGAAGAAGAAAAACGGCGUCAGACUGGGGAGAAAGGGCGCAUGAUAUUCGGUCCUGAUUGGGAACGCACCGACAAAGAGAAGAGGGUUUGCAAAGCUUUGGAACAGGUCGCUUCUGAGGUUGGAGCUAAAAGUAUUACCUCUGUUGCCAUCGCAUACGUCAUGCAGAAAACGCCUUAUGUCUUCCCCAUCAUUGGUGGCCGGAAAAUCGAGCACCUUGAGGCAAACCUUGAAGCACUCGAUAUCUCUCUGAGCGACGAACAAAUCAAGUUCUUGGAGGCGGUGGAGCCGUUUGAGUUAGGAUUCCCUGGUUGGAUGAUUGGAGACGGUCGAGAACCUUGCUGGAUGUUGAAGUCAGCGGGCCACCUCGACCAGCUCCCCGCCGUACAGAUUAUUAAACCGCAAGCGAAGUAGAGUGGCGGCAAGGUCGAUAAAUUGUGUAGUAUCCCUUCAAGUUGGCCGCAGGAGUUUUUUUCACCAGCCAUAGAUUCAGUGCACUGUUUGCGAGGAUUGAGUAGCUACAUAGAUUCCGCUCUUAUGAACAUGAAGCUUUCAACCC